AUGAGUGACCUGGGGCCUCUCUCCUUCUACCUGGGGAUCGAGGUGCACCAGGACGACUCCGGGAUCAUGCUUCGACAGACCGCCUACACCAAGCGCGUCGUAGAGCUAGUUGGGCUCACCGACUGCAACCCAGCUCUCACUCCAAUGGAGGAGAGGCUGAAGCUGAGUCACGAUAGCUUGACGGAGGAGGUAGACGCUACGCAGUAUCGGCAUCUUGUGGGGAGCCUUCGCUACCUCGCCCACACACGGUCGGACUUGGCAUUCUCCGUCGGCUACGUCAGUCGGUUCAUGCAGCGACCGACGACGAAGCACCAGCAGGCCGUGAAGAGGAUCAUCCACUACAUUGCGGGGACUCUCGAUCACGGUCUCUUCUACCCGAGGUGUCCCGGGGCAGCACACUUCUUCGAGUAUAGCGACAGCGACCACGCCGGCAACAUCGACACCAGCAAGAGCACGAGCGGGAUUCUCUUCUUCCUCCGCAAGUGCCUCGUUAGCUGGCAGUUGGUCAAGCAGCAGGUGGUGGCCUUGUCCAGCUAUGAGGCUGAGUACAUAGCGGCUUCCACCGCUUCAACUCAGGCGCUCUGGCUCGCUCGGCUGCUUAGUGAUCUCCUUGGCAGAGACGCUGAAGCAGUGGAGCUUAGGGUGGACAGCAAGUCUGCUCUGGCUCUGGCAAAGAACCCCGUUUUCUAA